GAGCAGAGCUGAGGAGCCCUGGGGAGUCUCAAAGUUUGUGUCUGGAGCGGUAGUGGAAAGUGGAUUUAGCAAGGAGGGCUUUUUGGGGGAUGAGAGCUGAUCUCCUGCCUUUAUUUUGGAUGCACACCGUGCUUUAUUGUCCUCAGCCUCUGGUCUGAUCUCUAGACAGUCUGUCUCCUCCGGGGAUCCUCAGAUCUCGGAGGACGCUGGACCGGAGCCCGUGGCAAGUGUCUCUCGGGCAGGGGAGCGAAGGUGUUCCUUCCUAAGUGCAUAAGCUACACGCACACACACGCACGCACACACUCGCGCACACACUCGCGCGGAGGCGGACCUCGCCCUCCGAGGCCGCCCUGCCCGCGCCUCUCCUGCGCUCAGCGUCCUCGGCCCAGCGCGCCUCGGCCCACGAUGGAGGUGCUGGAGAGCGGGGAGCAGAGCGUCCUGCAGUGGGACCGCAAGCUGAGCGAGCUGUCAGAGCCCGGGGAUACCGAGGCUCUCAUGUAUCACACGCACUUCUCAGAGCUUCUGGAUGAGUUUUCCCAGAACGUCUUGGGCCAGCUCCUGAAUGACCCUUUCCUCUCAGAGAAGAGUGUGUCGAUGGAGGUGGAACCAUCCCCAACAUCCCCGGCGCCUCUCAUCCAGGCUGAGCACAGCUACUCCCUGUGCGAGGAGCCUCGGGCCCAGUCACCGUUCACCCACGUCACCGCCAGUGACAGCUUCAAUGACGAUGAAUUGGAGAGUGAGAAAUGGUACCUGUCUACAGACUUUCCAUCAACAACCAUCAAGACAGAGCCAAUCACGGAUGAGCCUCCCUCAGGACUUGUUCCCUCUGUCACUCUGACCAUCACCGCCAUCUCCACCCCUUUUGAAAAGGAGGAACCUCCUCUGGAAAUGAACACUGGGGUUGAUUCCUCGUGCCAGACUGUUAUUCCUAAGAUUAAGCUGGAGCCUCACGAAGUGGAUCAGUUCCUAAACUUCUCUCCUAAGGAAGCCUCCGUGGACCACCUGCACCUACCGCCCACCCCUCCCAGCAGCCACAGCAGCGACUCGGAGGGCAGCCUGAGCCCCAGCCCGCGCCUGCACCCCCUCGGCCUGCCGCAGACCCACAGCCCCGCCAGGGCCCCCGCGAGGGCCCCCUCGGCGCUCGCCAGCUCCCCGCUCCUCACUGCGCCUCACAAGCUGCAGGGAUCAGGCCCCUUGGUCCUGACAGAGGAGGAGAAGAGGACUCUGAUCGCCGAAGGCUAUCCCAUCCCCACCAAGUUGCCCCUGACAAAAUCGGAGGAGAAGGCCCUGAAGAAAAUCCGGAGAAAAAUCAAGAAUAAGAUUUCUGCCCAGGAAAGUAGGAGGAAGAAGAAAGAAUACAUGGACAGCUUGGAGAAAAAGGUGGAGUCUUGUUCAACUGAGAACUUGGAGCUUCGGAAGAAGGUGGAGGUUCUGGAGAACACCAACAGAACUCUCCUGCAGCAGCUGCAGAAGCUUCAGACUUUGGUGAUGGGCAAAGUUUCUCGCACCUGCAAGCUGGCUGGCACACAGACUGGCACCUGCCUCAUGGUCGUUGUGUUAUGCUUUGCCGUUGCAUUUGGCAGCUUCUUUCAGGGCUAUGGGCCCUACCCUUCUGCCACCAAGAUGGCCCUGCCCAGCCAGCAUUCCCUGCAGGAGCCCUACACAGCCUCCGUUGUGAGAUCCAGGAACCUGCUGAUCUAUGAGGAACACUCUCCCCUGGAGGAGCCGUCCAGUUCGGCCUCGGCCGGGGAGCUUGGGCGCUGGGACGGAGGCUCCUCCCUGCUCAGGGCAUCAGGGCUGGAGUCCAGGCCAGAUGUGGAUCUUCCCCAUUUCAUUAUCUCGAAUGAGACCAGCCUGGAGAAGUCAGUGCUAUUGGAGCUGCAGCAGCACUUGGUCAGCACCAAACUGGAGGGGAAUGAAACACUAAAAGUUGUAGAACUCGACAGAAGAGUGAACGCCACCUUUUAAAGAGGCUGUCCCCACCUCCCUCUGUCUCUUCACUCUACCUUCACAUCUCCAAACCACCUUUGUCAUAAGCUUUUCCUUUUUUGCCACCCGAUCUUGAGGAAAACCUGGACCAGCAGUCGUGGCUUUGGAUGGGAGGACAGCCUGGGAUUUUCACCUGCGGUGAGAGAGCGCCUCCUCUGGUCGCAUGUCCCUCCCUGCAGAAGGGAGCCUGCACCUCUCCCUCCCUGUUGCUUACUGCCAUAGGAAAUUAUCUUAGGGUCAGGGGUGGGACAAGCAGGCUUGUUUCUACCGACAGUGCCAAAAAAGAUACUGCCUGAUUCUCACCGGGGUGGGUGUGACUGCUUCUUUGAAGAAGAGCUGACUCUUGUUCAUGCGAGACCCCCUACUUGAGCCACAAGAAUACCGGGAUGCCUGUUGGAAUCUGGCACAGCACUGACUGAAGUCCUGCCCUCCUCAGCCUGGGUCUGCGGUGCCUCCCGCGGGCGCGCCCUGCCGCUCUGCGUUGAGCCCCCCCGACUGUCCUCCGGCACUGGAGCUGGAGCGAGGCGUCCCCUUCGUACUCUCAGGCCGCAAGUGCAAUGCCUGAAGGAAUCAGGCUCUUCUACUCCAGGCAAACCUGCCCCGUCAUGUUGCUUGUAGGAUUUCUCCACAAUCUGUGUCCCCACACGCCCCUAGUUCUGCCUCCCUGGCUUCUCCUCCCCAUUUGUAAAUAGUAUUUAUUAGCUUGCUGAGGCUUCCCUGGGCAACCACACUGAAGACAUCCGGACGCCUCCCUCCAAGCUUAGCAAAGUCUUCUGUUGGCCUUUGGAGCAAGGAGGGCACCCUAGGCUCUGGGAUCCCCAAUCCUCCCAGGCCAUGUUUUGGUUUCUUUUCUUCUUUUUUUGCUGGAGACCUAUAAUUAUAGUUGGGAAAUCUCCCUAAGCAUGUGUCCUCCUAGAGAAUGAACUCAGAGGGAAAGAUGGAGCGGUGCCUUGCCCAGGUCUGGGGCUCUGUGGACAGAUGCUUUUUCUCUCCUGUGCCCAUAACAGGGAAGGGAAGCCCUGUCUCUGACAGCAGGCAUUUCAGACAACUGUGCUAGCUUGUCUUUCCCACCUCCCCCAACACUUCUGCUUUCCCCUCCUCUUCUGCCCCAACACAGGGGGUGGGCCAAGAGGCCUGCUCCUGGGGUCAGAGUAGGUGACAUUUCUGUAUCCGCAGUCUUACCUUUUAUAGUCAGGUUUGGCUACUUUGCAGCUCACCCAAAGAGACACAACCUAAUCCCCCAGCCUACUUUUUUUUUUUUUUUUUUUAAUGAUUAAAAGUAACUUUUGUAG